AUAUUAUCUAAAAAUAUGAAGUUUAUCCUCCUCCUGGUUUUAACUGUAGCCUUCAUAGGCCCAUCCUUCUGCUUGGAAGAACUAGUCCUGAACAGAGAGACUGCCUUCGAGAUCAAGAUCAGAGCGCACUUGGAUGAAGAGAAAGAGAACUUUAGGUUUUAUGUGACCAUGCCUAGGAAUUAUUAUGUGAGUGUGGGCUUUGGAGAUGGUAUGCUCAAUUCUCCGGUGGUGGUCAUUGACCCAACGGCGGCUGGGAUGGACGGUGUCCCUGUUAUUCAUGAUGCUUAUUCCAAAGGACGUGCUAAACCUAAAGAUAACGCUGAGAACAUUUACACUAUUAUUGAUUCUACUAACGUCGGAAUGACCAGCAGAGUUACAUUACAGAGACCAGUAGUCGUUCAAAGAGAGGACAGAGAUGAGACUAUCCCAUUUGAUGAAACUUUGGAGAUGAUCUAUGCCUUCAAUCCGGACAAAUAUGGAUUCCAUGGAAAAUACAACAAAGGUUUCUUUACAAUGAAAGUAAACUCUGGGACAGGAGAUGUCACAUUCAACUAUGGUAAAAGGAAUGACGAACCCUACAGGGUCCAAAAAAUAGUGAAAGGAACUGAGUAAUCAAAUCUUGUUUGAAUUAUAAGAAUGAUGAAAUUACCUUAAAUCAAUGCC